AUGUCUAAGAAUGAUCAAGCAUUAUAUAUGAAACUUUUAGAAAUGGAAAACAAACUUGAUCAGUUGCUACACCAUGAAACCACUAAGCCCAUUCAAGUGAAACUUUUACAUCAAUAUAAUGACAUUAAAGAUGCAACUCAAAUUAUCAUAAAUCAUAUUGCAAACAUAGAAGGUACUUCAGUUUCAGAAAUUCAUAAGCGUCGCGCGUUUGCGUCGACGUCCGCUACGGCGCUAGUGCGCGCGGCGCUGUACGAAGUCAGAUGCCCGAUGCAUUACGUUACGUUUGGCGACAGCUCGAGACGGCCGUGGGGCAUGUCGCGGCUGAGCUCACAAGUUCUGAUCAUGUUUCUUGUU